UUAUAAUCAUCCAACUUCACCCAGAUCCAAAGAAAAAAUCCAAAAACAAUGAAGGUCUUUGUCGUCUUCGCCGUCUACAUUGUUGCCGCCGCCUUUGCUGGCAUCGUCACCCAUACGCCUUGUGGUGGAGACGGGCAAUUGCUCCAAGUUCGAAUUAGCGAGUGUUCAGGUGAUGUUGCAGAAAUGGAGCCGGGCAAUCCAUACGCCUGCGAAGCGGACGUCAUCCCUGCCAAUGCUUCGGAUGCUCUUCACCUCAGAGUGACGGCAUUGUUCCACGGCCUGCCAAUCAGCAUCAUCGACGCGCCCAUUCCAAACUCGGCUGUCCAGCCUGAUAUGCAGUACGUCCUUCGAUGGACCAUCACACCCAGCGACCAGCUCUCCGGCAACACCGUUCCAGUCUCGGCUGAAAUCUCGGACGAGCUCUCGGGCGCUGUCGUCGUGUGCGGAACAGUCCUGGCUAGGGUUGCAUAAACAAAUACAUUCUUGGUUGGCUGAAUUUGUUGACAUAAAUUCUGAUAAUAAAUUAUGUACAUUUCCAAUUGGCAAUUGGUUUGAAUAAAAUUAUACAUCUUAAAAUAAUCUUAUUGUUAACCUAAUUUCAUCCUGGUUUAAGAAAUCACUAAUUUCCUUUGAUGUAGCAACCGGUUCGGUUAAAUUACUGGCAAUACAAAAUAUUUU